AGAAACCGACAAAACAAAAGAAAACCGAGUAAGGAAAAGCAAAAAACAAAAAGAGAAAAAAAAAACAGAAUAAGAAAAAGUAAAAGAAAAGUUUCGUCUGCUUGGCCACACGCAACACACGCACUUCAAAGGUUGCAAAAAUGUAAAUGCUCAAAAAUCUCAUACAAUCGACACACCCACAACAACAACAACAACAACUACAAGUAUUGCCAACUACAUCAACAACAACAACAACAUCUCCUACUAUAACAACAACAACAACAACAAUAUCAUCAACAACAAAACCAACUGACACAUCUAGAGACAGCAAAACAUCGCAAACCGACGAGGAAAAGCAACGCGAUCGACAGCGCAACGAGCGUGAGGCCAAAAAGGAAGAACAGGACGCCAUCAAUUACAAGCGCGACAAGGAGCAACGAGAGGCGCGUUUGCUGGACUUUGAGAUACGGCGCCAGCAAAAGCGCGAGGAGCAGAAUCAACAGCGUCAGCAGCAGCAGCAAUUGCAUCAGCAUCACCAACAGCAACAGCAGCAGCAGCAACAACAGCAGCAACAGCAGCAACAACAGCAGCAGGAGAAAAGUCCACCGACAACUUCGCAGCAGCAUCAGCAACGCCAGCAGCUGCAGUUGCAACAGAGUGUGGCAGGACUGCAUCACCAACAACAACAGCAGCAGCAACAGCAGCGAGUUCACACACCGGACACACCGAAGUUGCAAACGCCGCCGGAUCGUUCGUUGCCUCCAGCGUUUCGGAGUCGCUCGAUCGAGCGGGAAAUCCAUUACGAACGCAAGCGUUUCUCCAUUCAGGAAUCCGCCGAAUUCAAGGAGGCCUUAAGCACCACACCAUCGCCAUCGCAAACGCAGACGCAAACGCAAACGCAGACGGGAAACUUUAACGGCACGCCGCCAUCAUCGUCAGCGGCAGCUGGUUACACGGCGACAUUGGCGGGACCCCCGGCAACAGCGGCAGCUGCGACAGCUGCUAUAAUACCCAUUUUACCGUUAGGCGUUGCGACGCUGCGCGAUGAUUCUACGGAGUCCGAGCAGUCCGUGACAUGUGCCCAGACCCAGUCGGAUGCCUACCAUCGCAUCAUGUGCCGGGCUCCGAUAGCGUCACUCGACUGCAUGGAGGAGUUCAGUGGUACGGGCGGUCAUCUUGAUUUCGGCCGCUCGAUAAGCCUCGGCUCCAAUCCGGCGCUGCCGCUGCGGCACGGCUCGACACCGACACCGGGACUGAGGUACAAGAAUCUCGGCAAGAGCGGUCUGCGCAUAUCGAAUGUGGGCCUCGGCACCUGGCCGGUUUUCUCGCCGGGCGUCAGCGAUGAUCAGGCCGAGGCCAUACUCAAGCUGGCCAUCGAUAGCGGCAUCAAUCUCUUUGACAUCUCUGAGGCGCAUUCCGAGACGGAGAUUGGCAAAAUACUGCAGCGCACCGGAUGGAAGCGCACCACCUAUGUGAUCACCACGAAGGUUUACUGGAGCACCAAGUCAGAGGAGCGCGGUCUUUCACGCAAACACAUCAUCGAGUGCGUGCGAGCUAGUUUGCAGCGUCUGCAGUUGAACUACAUCGAUAUUGUGAUCAUCCAUAAGGCGGAUCCCAUGUGUCCCAUGGAAGAAGUGGUGCGCGCCAUGAGCUACGUUAUCCAACAGGGCUGGGCCAUGUACUGGGGCACUGCGAGAUGGUCGCAGGUGGAGAUCAUGGAGGCGUACACCAAUUGCCGGCAGUUCAACUGCAUUACACCGAUCGUGGAGCAGUCGGAGUAUCACAUGUUCUGCCGCGAGAAGUGCGAGCUGUAUUUGCCGGAGAUGUACAACAAGAUUGGCGUUGGAUUGAUGGCCUGGGGACCACUCUCGAUGGCCCUGAGCGAUACACAGAAUGGGGACAAGCUCUUUCUGCCCAAGGGAUCGUUCAAAACGAAGAGCUUCUCCUGGACCGAGGACGAGAUCAAUCGCAAUGCUGCUUUGUCGCCGCAGGGCAGCUGGGGCAAGGAUCGGAUUGAGGAGGGACGACGGCAUUGUGAUCGCUUGCGUGAUCUGGCUGCGCUGGCCGAGAAGCUUGGCUGCAGCCCCACACAGCUGAGCAUUGCCUGGUCGCUGAAGCAUGAGCCCGUUCAGUGCCUUCUGCUGGGCGCCACAUCGGCGGAGCAACUGCAUCAGAGUCUACAAUCGCUGCAGCUUUUGCCGCGACUAUCGUCGAGCGUGAUGCUGGAGCUGGAGCGGAUCUUAGAGAAUAAACCAGUGCGUCCGCCAAUGAUAUCGACACUGGCGCUUCGGUGACAAUCACCCUGCGGCGCCGAUUCGCCGAAGCACGAGGAGGAGGCGUUCAUUGAGGAGGCGGAUGCCAAGGAGGCGGCC